AUGCCUUCGGAACCCGGCUUCCAUCGAGUCAGACGUGCAAAGUCCACUCCAUCCGUACAGAAGCGCCGUCAAGCCGCUGUCUUGAAGCCUUUAGAGUCCGAGGUUGAUCGUUAUCAUGCUACCACCGCUGCAUCACUAGCAAUGGCACAGGCAAAAAAUAGAAUGGCUCAUACAUCACAGAAAGCAAUAGCGUCCUCAAAUGAGAAUCCCGCAGUAAUGCCUUCUGCUCGAGCACUUUGUCGUCGCCCUUCGCUUUCUAGUCUUACCGGGGAAGACAUAGUGUCGAAUCCUCAUUCAUCAUCUCAACACGUUGAUGAUGAGCCCGAAGAUGAAUCCUCUCCGUUCAGAGUCCCUCCGAUUAACGAGCUUCAAGAGUUUGGACUGAAUGGGGAUCUCGAUGCUCCAUCUUCAUUCCGCCGGCUCCGCAAGUCCCGAUCUAUGCUCACUACCAAGUCCAUGAGAAACCUACGUGCUGCAGGUGUUCCAGCCAACGGCUCGGAGGCUGACUCACCUUCCCUGAGAAGAAGCACCGAUUCCACAACUGGGCCACACAGAUCUCUCCGUCAUUCUUUGUCGUUCUUUAAUGGCGCUUCGCACACGCUUAGGAAGAUGAAGAGUCACGGUUCACUUUCCACCCGCAAGCAGCAUCUUUCCAAGUUUGAUACCGAACCUCCUGUGCCUCCAUUGCCACUACCUUCUGGGCUUGUGGAUCGACCUGCACAUAAACCGAUGAGGACUACUGUACGAACAAUGCGGGAAUAUAGUCCGGAUGAUGGCGUUUACUCGAAUGGUAAUAGCGGUAAACAUCAUUCAAAGGCCCGAGCGUUCUCUAUCAAUAUCAGAAAGAGAUUGAAACGGGUCUUCGGUAUCCCAAGCUAUGCUGAUGGCCAUUCUCCAGCGAGUCACUCAUCAUAUGACAGCGAUUUGGUUUUUGAAAGUCCCACACUUUCUGAUGACACCUUGCGACCAAGCCUAUACUCCACAAAAAGCUCUGAGAGUAUCGCUACGUCAGGCUCUCGUGUCACAAGCUGGACCAAUUCGACCGCAGGAAAUACAGUGAGAACAAGACAUACCACGGGCCGUCAAUCUCUUUCCACCAUCGAAGAGGGCUACGACUUUGUCGACAAUUCGUUGCCAGGUGGUUCAGAGAUGUAUGAGUUUGACGAAGUAGGUAACCGGCAUGGCAAGAUUGAUUCUCAACGAGUUUACUCUGCUCUUAUGAGGCAUAUCGGCGAAACUGCGGCGAGAGAUGGAGAAAGGAUCGUAUCAACUGGCGCGGUGAAAGGGUCGCCUGUGACCGUGGAACGCUCACCUUCCAUCCGUACCUUGAGGAAUCAUGGCAGCAUCCACAAAGUACCAAGUGAUCUCUCGAUGAAAACGGCUCAAACCUCAUUUAUGGUAGAACGUCAACCACAAAGCUCCCAGAGUCAUUCAUCUUUGCGUUCUCAGUAUUAUAUGGCUGAAAGUCCUGCCACUCCUCUACGGGUAGAGCAAACACCUCACACUUCGUCGGGACGUUCUGCUCGAGUGAACGUUAGAGAUUCAAAACCGUCAUUCUUCCCUUCAGGAUCACCAAGGCUGAAGACGCCAAGCCCUUACAAGGCUUCGAUGACUUCGAUUCGUGAGAUACAUGAUGAGCCAGACAUAUACACUUCGAGAUUAAACCUCGUCGAGAACGACAGCGAAAAGCCUGCCGACCUAAGCUCGCCGAGCAUCUACUCACGUACUCCGAGUGGCGCUGCCGCAAGUCGCGACGACUUGGAAGAUGUACCCGAGGAACCUUUCGAGCCUGGUAUGGCUACAAUAUACGAUGUUCAAGUGCCAUACAAAUCUCCCAGACGACAAAAAUCGCCAGCCGUUGAAUCUGGGCCAAGGAACAGUGCAGAAUGGAGGCACUGGGUGAUGAACAAGGUUGAUUUUGACUCACCAGACCUCCUUAGCCAGCGAGAACAUCACCGUGAAGAUGCUGAGUGCGAUGGGGAGGCGAUUCCCCAAGAGCCUCCACGAAGUCGCGAUCCAAGCUAUACAACCACUGACAGAGACGUAUCUCUUAGCCAACUUCGGCAGAUCUACGCAUCGCGACAAGAUGUACAGGAAAUCGAGCCCAAACCUUAUGGACAGAACAACUUCUCUAGACCAAUGAGCCGACAGUCAAUGGGAUCACUUCGUGCAGCAGCCCGACUUUCUGCAAACAGCAGACUCCAGCAGUCUCAUGAAGUGGAAAUCCAUCAGUUCGGAAUCCAACGAGGCUACCCUGCUGAUCCAUUCUCCAAUGAAACUCGAGAGUACCCCUAUCUUAUCAACAAUUCUCCAUUUAAUCGACAGGCUAUUAGGACAGCACGCGAGGCAAGACUUAAUCGCAGUAUGGCGAGACGAAACACACUCAAACAGGCUGAUGAUCAGCCAGAUGCGAAGGCCGUCCAAUUUCGCUCCAUUCGUGGGGUGUCUAACAAUGGACAGCGUAACAAAGAAAAUCACAUGUCUCCGAGCUUCAGGGAGAAAGACAAGGCCAUUGGACUCUCCAAACUGGAAGAUCUGCCCAACAAGACUGGUGGGAAUCGCAUGGUGGAGGACUUUCUGCAGAACCGGCGAGUGACCCGGCAAAGUUCAUUUACCAGCGAGAGUGUGUUUAUCUGA